UAGUACUAUUGGUGUCUUUAACAUUGUCUUGCCGUGAUGGAGUCGUACAGUGGAGCUUCGUCGGAAAUUGUCCGGGAAUUGGAAGAGUUAAAGCUCAAGAAGGCCGAACUAGAGCACCGUAUAUCGACCCUCGAAGCAAAGCUCCAGGAUACGGCGGCGGUUGAACGGUGCGACGCCGUUUCCAAUGGUUAUUCUUAUCCAACGGCGCCGGAGCUUGAACACGGGUUGUCUCCGGAUCAGAUUUACCGUUAUAGUCGCCAACUGUUACUCCCUUCGUUUGCUGUUGAAGGGCAGUCAAAUCUAUUGAAGUCUUCGGUACUAGUUAUUGGAGCUGGAGGACUGGGUUCACCUGCCUUAUUGUAUCUUGCAGCAUGCGGUGUUGGACGGUUGGGUAUUAUAGAUCAUGAUGUCGUAGAGCUCAACAAUAUGCAUAGGCAGAUUAUACACACAGAAGCUUUUAUUGGUCAUCCCAAAGUGAAAUCUGCUGCUGUUGCUUGUCGCUCAAUAAAUUCGACAAUCAAAAUUGAUGAAUAUGUUGAAGCUCUUCGCACAUCCAAUGCUUUGGAAAUUCUCAGCCAAUAUGAUAUCAUAGUAGAUGCGACCGAUAAUCCUCCAAGCCGUUACAUGAUCAGUGAUUGUUGUGUCUUGUUAGGGAAGCCUUUGGUGUCGGGUGCUGCGCUUGGGAUGGAAGGACAGCUUACGGUCUAUAAUCACAACGGAGGCCCGUGCUACCGUUGUCUGUUUCCCACUCCUCCACCUACCACAGCGUGCCAAAGAUGUUCAGAUAGUGGAGUUCUUGGAGUAGUUCCGGGUAUUAUCGGUUGUCUACAAGCAUUAGAGACAAUUAAACUUGCGAGUAUGGUGGGCGACGCACUCACUGAACGGAUGCUUCUUUUUGAUGCAUUAUCAGCGAGGAUUCGCAUUGUCAAGAUCAGAGGCAGGUCCUCCCAGUGCACAGUUUGUGGAGACAAUUCAUCUUUUGAUAAGCAAAAGUUCAAAGAUUUUGAUUAUGAGGACUUCACCCAAUUUCCUUUAUUUGCGGGCCCGUUGAACCUGCUUCCUACAGAAUCAAGAAUUAGCAGCAAGGAGUUCAAAGAAAUCCUUCAAAAGAAGGAACCCCAUAUUCUUCUUGAUGUUCGACCUUCUCAUCACUAUAAGAUUGUCUCUCUUCCGGAAUCACUCAACAUCCCUCUUGCAAACUUAGAGGCUCGGUUAAACGAGAUUACUUCAGCUCUUAAAGAAAAGGAAGAUGGCCAUGUUAACACUGGAUAUUGCACAAAUCCUAGUGUCUACGUUGUUUGCAGACGCGGGAAUGAUUCACAGAGAGCUGUUCAGUAUCUUCGUGAUUCGGGCUUCAGUUCAGCUAAGGAUAUAGUCGGAGGACUGGAAGCCUGGGCAGCUGAUGUCAACCCCAACUUCCCCACCUAUUAGGGGGAAACUUUUUUGCACCAAUUUGGUAAAAUCCAUAGCUCAAAUUGUCUGAAGUAGAAACAUGUAUUAUUUAGUUAUGUCAUUUAACAAUACUUUUUUCAAAUCCAUGUUGAAACCUCGUCGUAAUCACAGUGUGAGUUUUACGAUGCUAUGAUACCUUGUACCAGUAUGAUUCAAUUAUAUGAAUGAAAAAGUGAGUGAUUCAAUC